AUACGAUUUCCUUCCAUAGGAGGGCGGAGCUUACUUACGUUUCCUUGACGAGCCCACAGUUAUGAAGGUCAAAAGACAGAAGAAAUAGACGCUCGGGCCACCUUAAACCACCAUGAGCCUGGUGGCGGUUUCCUUCUACGAAGAGCCUCAUGCAGUCUGGACUCUAACGGCCGUCUUGUUGUUAACGGUCUUGCUAGCAUGGCACAGGUCCGCCGGAACAGUUGCAGAGAAAGGAAGUGCCAUCCGAGACAGUGGCGUCCUGUCCAACGGUAAUGGUUAUUCUAUUGGCGAGGUCGAAAGUGAGACUCCCAUGCCGCUUGGCGAAGUCAACGUAUCAAAGAUUUUGAUUCAUCCAAUUAAGAGCUGUCGAGGACUAUCUGUUACUGAAUCUAGAUUCACCCCACUAGGUCUCGAGAAUGAUCGCAAGUGGUGCAUCAUGGACGCUGAGACCCAUGUUCUUGUCACCGCCCGUGAAGUACCUAAAAUGGUAUUAAUUGAAUCUACUCUCGAAUACGACUCAUCCGAUCCCCAUGACGGUCGCCUUCUUGUCAAAGUGCCUCAGGAAUCAGGGCCUGUGUCCUUCUCUGUACCAAUCAUCCCUACCCAAGAUAUUCUAGAUUCAUGGUCUAUAAUCGGUGACUGCAGCUUAUUCAAGGUUUACUUCAUGGAUGGAUACAUCGUCCAACCCUUAUUGCCUUCCGACCCAUCUCCUAACGAUAUACUGACGGAGUAUAUGGGGCGUCGAGUAUUCUUCAUGAUGAAGGGACCCACGCCUAGAGAGUGUCCAUCUACAGCGGCGUUUCCUAACCUCAAGGCGACGGCGGUCUUCCAGGAUGGAUUUCCUUUGCUCUUUGCCAGUGAAGAAAGUCUACAAGACGUCGCUCAGACCGUUAGAACUGCCGCUUCAGGUGAUGAAAAUUCAUUUGGGAAGAUCGGUGGGCUGGAUAAUGACCGUUGGAAGGACGGCAAUGUGGAAAUCGAACGUUUCCGCCCUAACAUAGUCUUCAAGGGUGCCGGAUAUCCUUGGGCAGAGGAUAUGUGGCGGUCUAUAGUCAUCAGUCCGAAACCCAAUACGGAUCCCACUACUGCGAGCGCUGACGAGACAUUUACUCUAGUAUCGAAAUGUACACGUUGUCUUCUUCCAAAUGUUGACACGAAGACUGCAGAACGAGACGCCGCAGUCCCUUACAAGGUCCUCAUGAAGUUCAGAGCAGGGAAGGACCCGGCUCGUAUGAGCAAACCAUGUUUCGGGUGCAAUGGUGUGCCCAGCGGUACUGGAAUUGUAAGAGUAGGUGAUAGAGUGUUCGUUAAGGAAUGGGCGGGUGAGGGCGGAGUUUGAGUAUACGCUUCGUCGACAUUAUAGGUCGAUAUAUACAGUUUAAUCAAGGGUGAGGGUUUUGGUUGGAGUAAUAGACAUCACUACUGCCCAAAAGAUAGACCUCUUGGAGUUUCGUCGGGACUGCCUUCAAAUUACACAAAAUUAUAUGACCACGGUGCUAAUCGCACGGAAGGUGAGCAUGCCAUUCUUAAUGAAGUACUGGUUGAAUU